AUGAGACUCUUUCCUGUCUCUCAAGGACUGGUUAGCGUUGCUGUUGCAGUGACCAGUACGGCAUGGGGUGUAAGAGCAGCAUCGGAAGCAACCACUGGGAAUCCUCUAGCUACAUUCGACCAGCAGGAGCUUGAUGCUCUUGCAAUCCAAAUCUAUCAAGAUUACCCGUUCACUGUCCUCAAGGCCGAGGCAAAGGUAGCCUACCAGACAGCUCACGGACUUCCAAUCAGUGACGAGGCGGCCUCUAGCCUUAACGCGUCCAUUGAGGAAUUAGUCUUCAGCGCCGUUCAGAAGGCUGUGAACAACGAUCCAUACCAUCCCAAGGUCUACUGGGUUGACUCUGGUCCGCGUAGCUGGUUCGGACUGAAUGUUCCCGGCGGACGAUAUUCUUACGAUAACCCCGACUGCAUUUACCGCACCAUUCCGAUCGACAACGACGUCGAUUAUGUGGUGACAGGCUACCGUCACUCACCCGGUCCCACCGACGUGAGCUUCUCAUUGAUCAGUGACCCCAACUCCCAGAACACCGUGGCCUACUUGGCCGGCAGCGAUCUGAUAGUCGACAGUGAUGGCUCGUAUACCAUCACCAUUAAUAGCUCAGCCGCGGAUGGCCAGACAAACCACAUCCAAUCUACUUCCUCAGCCGUGCAACUCUUGAUUCGCAAUAAUCUGGGAGAUUGGAACACCGAAACGCCCGACAACAUCACUGUCCAAGCCGUGAGCAACACCACCGGCCAUGACGCCAUCACCAGCGCAAAGAUAAUCAGCGACGCGAUAUGGAACCUACAGGAAUCCAUCGUGGACUACGGCGUGGGAGCACUCGGGCUCAAGACGACGAUAAAUGCAGUGAACACACUCUCAGCCCCAAGUCAGUCCAGCUCUCUCGGCACAUUGACCAGCCAGGCGAGCUCCUUUGGCCAUUUCAACCUCACCGCCGAGGAAGCCCUCGUGGCCACCCUCACCCCUGGCCCGGCGGAUUACUUUGUCUUUCCCGUGACAAACCCGUGGAUGAUCACCGUUGAUCCGGGUAGUAGCCUGGUUAGUUUGAAUAGCAAACAGGCCGUCGCUAACACCAAUGGGACGUACACCUUUGUCGUAUCCCUGGAUGAUCCUGGCGUCUAUAACUGGGUUAAUACGACCGGGCUCCAUGAGGGUACUAUCAUGGCGCGCUGGCAAGGGCUGAAUACCUCUUCGUCGUCUGCUGAUUCCCUUGCUAUUGAUGUCCAGGUCGUGGCAGUGUCUGAUUUAGCCUUGGUGCUUCCAGAGGAGACUCGGUAUGUCACGGCGGAGGAGCGAGCUGCGCAGUUGAACCAGCGUGCUACAGCUUAUUCCCGGAGGUUGGAGUAUUGA